CACGGCAUAUAACCACAUUUUGCUUCAGGACUACGACGAAGUCAGUGCGAAACUGGUUUUUACUAAAGUAUCAAAGUGGGACCAUGGCUCAAACUUUACCUGCGUGGCCGAUCAGGGGUACCCGGGCGUGGUCGGGCCCAAGUUCUCGUCUCGGACGGUAAAGGUUCACUACUCACCUUCGGUGAAGAUCUCCCAACCUUCUAUUCUCGCGAGAGAGGGCGAGUCUGUGAACCUGACAUGCGCAGUGGACAGCAACCCGGCAGCAGUGGUGAAAUGGAAGAAGCUAGGAGAGGCCAUGUCGGGGUUUGCUGGGAACGGAGGACACAUCCUGCGCAUCCCAAAGCUGACCAGACAAGACAGCGGAGUCUACCAGUGCACAGCAGAUAACGGGAUCUACCCUGUCGGGCUGGGAACUGCUACAGUGGACGUUCUGUAUCCUCCUACGAUAGAUCCUGCCAUAGAAGCUGACGUCACCGUUCUGUACGGAACUGACGACUUCAUGUUGGAAUGUUUGGCAACCGGAAACCCCAAACCUCACAUCCGGUGGCGGCGGAAGGAUACAAGCCUGUACUGGGAAAACCCACUCCGGUUCCACCGGGUGCGCUACGACGUGGAGGGGAAGUAUGAAUGCGUGGCGUCAAGUAAAGGAUUUCCGGAGGCCACAAAAACGUCAUUUAUAAAUGUUGUCGGCCGUCCAUCGAUACAAGGACGAGCUGUCAAGAUGUCGGUUCGUAGAGGCAGCACCGCCCGACUUGUCUGUGACGUCAUAGCCGACCCCGUCCCGGGGAAAAUUGAUUGGCUGUGGCGAAACAAACAUGGCGUCGAGUCUGUCAUCAACGUGCUGGAUGAGAGUGUGAUGUUGGAUGAGAAGAUCACUCCACAGGGCAAGAUGGGGUUCCUCGCUGUGAAAAACGUGGAUGAAGACAGAGAGGGAACGUACGAAUGCAGGGCGUCCAACAUGUUUGGGCUUGCGCAGAAAGAGAUACAGUUGCAGGUGUCGGGUUCAGAGCCUCCCCUUGGUGCCAUCAUAGCCACCACCGUCACUGUUGUCCUCCUGGUUGUUUUGAUCGUCAUCGGGGUGGUGCUGGCCAGGUCCAGGGGACUGAUGUGUCUUCAAAAGAAACCUGGUAUGUAUCGUAUAUAACAUAGAAUACAACAAACAAAUAUAGAAUACAACACGGUGUAUUCCGUAUCACCCGAUGUACCAGCCGGACCGCGGGUCGGAUCGACCGACGGCCGAAAUAUUAUUUAUGUUAUACCCACCUUACAAAACAGAUGUUUCGAUACGAAAUGCUCCAGAAGUUGAGGAAAUUUAGUGCUUUCGAACAAAAAUUGUUACAACAGCAAUGUUCCAACGUCCGAAUCAGGUGUUCAAAUUUUCGAAGCCUGAAUAAUACGGAUUUUUAUCACCCAGUCCGGAA